CUGGCUCUGCGUCAUGUUUGCUGUUCCAAUGAUUUAUUGGCCAGUAAGAGCAGGCUGAGGCGGGCAGGAGUAGGAAAGAGGGCAGGAACUGAUGCGGGUAUACUGGAGUGCCACUGAGGAGGAUGCUGGAUACAGGACACAGGGCAUCCUGUCGAUGACGUCACGUCAGCUGCAUCAGUCGGAGGCUGGGAUACAUAUUGGCUUUCAUAAACUCGCCCGUUUCAGCUGGAAAAUAUUCGUUCUAACGCAGUUCAUCAAAGGUGAAAAAAAAAAUCCUACAUCUCUGUAGGAAAAUAUGGCUGCCCAGGAAGUGCAGCCGAGCGAGACCAUGUCGAAGCUGAAAUCAGAGUCGGAGACGCUCAAGACGAAGCUGGAAGAGGAGCGGGCCAAACUGCACGAUGUGGAACUGCAUCAGGUGGCAGAAAGGGUGGAGGCACUUGGCCAGUUUGUAAUGAAGACGAGGAGAACACUAAAAGGCCAUGGUAAUAAAGUGCUCUGCAUGGACUGGUGUAAAGACAAAAGAAGAAUUGUGAGCUCGUCCCAGGAUGGAAAGGUGAUAGUGUGGGAUGCUUUUACAACCAACAAGGAGCAUGCAGUGACUAUGCCAUGUACAUGGGUGAUGGCCUGUGCUUAUGCGCCUUCUGGAUGUGCAGUAGCAUGCGGUGGCCUUGACAACAAGUGUUCAGUAUACCCACUAUCCCUGGAUAAGAAUGAGAACCUGGCAGCCAAGAAGAAGUCUGUGGCCAUGCACACCAAUUAUCUGUCUGCCUGCAGCUUUACCAACUCAGACAUGCAGAUCCUGACAUCGAGUGGUGAUGGAACUUGUGCGUUAUGGGAUGUGGAAAGUGGGCAGCUGCUACAGAGUUUCCAUGGUCAUGCAGCUGAUGUGCUCUGCCUGGACCUCGCCCCCUCUGAGACUGGCAAUACCUUCGUCUCUGGGGGCUGUGAUAAAAAGGCCAAUGUAUGGGAUAUGCGUACAGGACAGUGCAUCCAGUCAUUCGAGACACACGAGUCAGACAUUAACAGUGUGCGAUACUAUCCUAGUGGGGAUGCAUUUGCUUCUGGCUCAGAUGAUGCUACUUGUCGUCUGUAUGACCUGAGAGCAGACCGAGAAGUGGCAAUCUAUUCCAAGGAGAGCAUCAUAUUUGGAGCCUCCAGUGUAGACUUCUCCCUCAGUGGAAGACUACUAUUUGGUGGAUACAAUGACUACACCAUCAAUGUGUGGGAUGUUCUAAAGGGAACUCGUGUAUCUAUUUUGUUUGGACAUGAGAAUAGAGUCAGUACCCUUCGAGUUUCCCCAGAUGGGACAGCGUUCUGCUCAGGUUCCUGGGACCAUACUUUACGGGUCUGGGCUUGAGAAGUACAUUUCCGGUCGAGUGAAAUGCAUUGCCUGUUAGGUGCUGUCUGGCAUCAUCAUUGAAACAAGACUGACUAGAAGAACUGGAAGUUUAAAAUGUGGGAUUUAUAAGAAAUGCACAGUAGAAUAAAAAACAGGAUGAAAUAUUCA